AAACUGCGAGUACGUGGUGCGAGCCCAUAGACAUUGGACCUCCAAGGCCCUUUUUGACUUCAAUUAUGAGCUUCACUUGUCCAUCUUAGCCCAAUUUCUGGUCACUCCCCCAUAAAAAAAUUUGAAAGCCCCCCGCGUUUUUGGUCAUCUGGGGGAACUCUUUCAACCAUUUCAUCAAACAACUUUGCUGCGAUAACGGAAGCCUCAACUGUAAGCAACUCACGGCGGACUUCAUCAUAUUUUCAGAACUGAAGCCAUACUGAAAUAAGAUGGAUGGUAGUAACUCAUUGAGUAGUGAGCUGAAGCUUCAAGUCCGCAAGUUGGAGAAAUCAGACAAAAGCAAAGGUUUUAUAGAGCUAUUGCAACAACUAACUGUGUGUGAUUCUGUAUCAGACAAGGAAUUUGAAGAGCGAUUUCAAGAGAUCAGCUCUUAUGGCAAUGACCAUCUUAUUUGUGUAAUUGAAGAUGAUCGAUCGGGGAAAAUUAUCGCAACUGGGAGUCUGUUUAUUGAAAAGAAGUUCAUAAGGAAUUGUGGUAAAGUUGGGCACAUUGAAGAUGUUGUGGUUGAUUCCACUGCUCGGGGGCAACAAUUGGGAAAGAAAAUUAUUGGGUUCCUGACAGAUCAUGCCCAUUCAAUGGGGUGCUACAAGGUCAUUCUUGAUUGUAGUGUAGAGAACAAAGCAUUUUAUGAGAAGUGUGGAUUCAAGCAAAAAGAAAUUCAGAUGGUUAAGUAUUUCAGUUGAGAAAUACAUUUUUUUCCUUUUCAGAAUUAACAUUUGUGAAUUUGUUAUUAAUUUGUGCAAUUAUGCUAGAUUGUAUUGGAGAUUAUUUUAUAGAAAUGAGAACUUUUAUGAGCA